CUUGGCAGACAACUUGUUGAUUCAAACGAUUCCCGAGUAUGUGUGUGAAAACGGCAUGGAUUGUUUUGCACUGAACGAAAUUUGCGUUGCAUUUUCAUAUCCGCGUUGACGGCAUUGAGUUUGACAUUUCAAAUUAGGGGGUGAAACGUAAACAAACGCAGUGAGAAAAACUAUAAUUUUUGUUCAAAGUUAUCUUGAGAUUCUAUAGCUUUCUGCAAAAAUGGCAUCCAAUGCGAUAAACUCUUCGAUGAUGACGGUAAAUUUGCAGCUUGCCGAUAUUUUUCAAUACGUCGGAGGAGGAAGCAGGUUGAUAGUCGAAGGUGAACGGGUGUUUCAAGCUAACCACUUGCUUCUUGUCGGAGUUCAAACCGUGCACGAGGACGGCUUUACCAUAUUUGCGACUUGUUUGAAGUCAUCAUCACCUAGAGCUGAUCCACACAAAAUUUCCAUCCGCACCAGACCUUCCUUUGAAAAGUGGUCUUUUCAGUGUUCGUGCAAAGCUGGAAUGGGAAAAUGCAAACACAUAAUGGCCGUUUUAAAACAUCUUCUAAUGUUCCCUUCAGUUCCAUUGCUUACAGUAACAGAUUUGCAACAAAAGUGGGGUAAAAUUGCAGAAAAAGUUGCUGACGAUAUGUACAAGACAACACCAUUGACCGCAUUCUGCAAAAAAAUGACGAAUACAAAAGAUACGACUGAAGCUGUCUCGCCGGCGGGUUUGACUCACGAUGAGGGUACCAACAUUCUUCAGCUUUUCGUGAAAGGAUUCCCUGAAAGCGGUCUGGCAUACGAAAAGAAAGGACGAGAAAUGAAAAAUAUUGACAAAAAUAAUGAAUCUGAUGUUCUGAAUACACUUCUCGAUAUAGAUGUGCAAAGUCAUUCUACAGAAUCCAUUGAUUCGUUAAUUUCUAUUGAAGAAAAUAUGACUUGCAGUCUACUUAAAUCCUUCCUGAGAAGAUCGUUUCAUCCUGAUAACUUCACGAUGAUCGAUCGUGAAAUAAUGGAAUUUAUAGGUCCGUUAGAAAAGGAUCUGCAACUUAAUUUCGAAAUUAAUGUGAAAGUAUCGGAAUACGAGUCUUUGAAAAUAUGUACAAGAACUAUAGAACAAAGAGUAUCAUCGCAAUGGAAAAAAGAACGAAGCCGGCGCAUCACUUCAUCCAGUGCAUACUCUGUGUAUACAUACUACACAAAUCAACCCGACAAGAACAAAAAUUGGAAAAGUAAAAUCCUGAGUAUGGUGACACCGAAACAUCUUUCAACACCAGCAAUCGUACAUGGGAUCCGAUGCGAAUCAAAAGCCAUAGCAGCAUAUGAGCGAGACUACAGAAAAAACGUUUGGAGUUGUGGUUUCGUAAGUUGA